UUCGUCUUGUAAACAUCUGAAACCAGCAAUAAGCGUUGUAUACACCGCUGUGCAAUAAUGUCGCCAUUUUUCCUGCCUGUUACUCUGACGGUUGUGUGCUGGUCUGUGAAUGGUGCUAGUACUGGCCCAGGGUGUGAGUCAGACGGCGCACUUUUGCACACGGGCAACAGUUUUAAACCCAGCGCGUGCCAGUACUGCACGUGCCAGAGCAGCGGUCAGGUGACCUGCAUCACACUGGAAUGCGCUCACACCCGCUGUGAAAAGUUUGAGACUCCCCCGGGCGCCUGCUGUCCGAUUUGUGUUGAUGACGGCCCACUAAUUAUAAUUUGAAACAAGUGACGUCAAGAUCAGAGACAGUUUCAUUCAAAGUAAUUUAAUGUCUGAUUGGUCUGAUUUAAAUAAAAAUUAUUUUUACAGGC